AUGCCGCCCCGAAUACCAGGCGUGCAGCGCCUAGGCACUUUCUCCUUAUGUUUACGACCAGCCAUAAAACCGCCUACUUCGUCCCUCCUCCCCGUUACACAAACCGCUUCUCUGUCGCAAAAGGAAAAGAGGCGCCUAGCGAAACAGGAUCCUUACCGAUGGGCUCAGAUGCAGCAGCGCAAAGCUGCCCACCUAAAGAGGCGAGAGGAGAUCGAAGCUAUUAGAGAAGUGCAGCAUGGCGAUUCUAUCCGUGGUCUCGCGACCCCCUUCGUCGAGUCCUUCGACUCUGCCGGCCAAGCCCUACUAUCUAAGCCGCCGGUCGACGACGACGGGAACCCGCUGGAGGAACCGCAUGAGCUCCCCACCUCGCCCCACAUCCUAAACAACCUCAUCCACAAGAAGGAGCUGGAUGCCGCGAUCGAUAUCGCUUAUACUCUAACGCGGCCAAUGCCGUCGGAUCUCUCUCCUGUUGAAUCGGAAGAUUACCAGAACCAGGUCGAACGCCACGAGAAAAACCAUGCAAGGGCGGUCGAGGCCUUGAACCGUAUUACGCACAUGGAUAACGGUUCCGCGAAGGAUAGGUUACAUGCCAAUGUCCGGCGGUGCGUGGAGACUUUUGGGAGGCAUGAAACCGAUGUUUUUCUAAGGGCUAAGGCUCUUUCACGAGGGCAGGAGAGGGAAACCCCACCGGUGCGAGGCGGUCCGGACACCGGAAGUAGCGAAGUGCAGAUCGCCAUCCUGACGGCUAAGAUCCGGGCUUUGGCCAACGAAUUAGAGAAGGGGAGAGGCUACAAGGAUAAAGUAGGUAAGCGAGAUCUAAGGUUGAUGCUCCAUCGACGACAAAAGUUACUGCGAUAUAUGGACAGAAAGGAAAGGGGAAGUGAUAGGUGGAAUCAUAUGAUCAAGACCCUUGGUCUAAGUCCGGCGACCUGGAAGGAGCAAAUCACGACGUAA